ACAAUAUUAACAUAGGAAAGGUCGUGAAAUAAACUGAAUGUUGUCGACCGUUUUUUGUCAGAAACCUUUUAUAUAAUAUACGUACUUUGUGGUGUUAUGACUACCUUAUCGCUGACACUACCAAUUUCAUGUCAAAUAUGUCUUGGAAAAGUAAGUUUUUUAUGUCAGUGUAGGGAGAUAAAAUGUUUGUUGGCCUGCACUCAAAUCAGACCCUAUCCAGUUACACUGUCUGGAAAACGAAUUUAUAGUGUUUCAUAGAUGGAUUUACUCUUUUAGUAUUAGGAGUUUAAACCUUGUAGUCAAUUAUUUGUAUAUGUCCAUUUUAAAUGUUAUAUAAUUUGGAAUAAGCCAUGCAUUUAAUAUGUUUAUUGUGAAUGUUUAUAAAUUUAACUUGUAUUUUAUUAAACCAUCAAUUACUCAAUACUCUCCCUGAAUAGUUAAAUCAUCUACCAUAUUUGAUACAAUGUAAAUUUGUGCAUGCCGUAAUCUCAGGGAAUUCCAAAGGUUUACUGAAACUGACAUUCAGAAUCCUCAAACCUAAAAAGCUGCAGAUUGAGAGUCAGCUAGCCUAGGGUACAACAUACCACCUGAAUUGUACAAUCUCAAACCCACCAUAUUAGUCUCCCACAUUUAGUUGGCGACUCCCUACCGCCCAAAGACAAUUUGACAAAAUCGCCUGCAUUCCUUGUGUUUUUCACACAACAAGGAAGUAUUGGAAGUAUUCCUAAUGCCCACUUAUUUUUAUUUUAGUAGUAACAACCAGUAAAAUUGAGUAAUUAGCCUUUCUCAUGGCCAUCUGCCAUUUUGGGGGUACUGCCUCUCCCACGUUUGAGAGUUUCCGCACCACGAAAUGUGACUUUUUAGUAUUAUACAGUUGUUUGUACAAUGGUAAAUUUACAGUUACAACUUUUAAAAGUUGCUUUUCACGCUGUUUGAAUUAAUGUCUAGAAUCUUUCACGAGAGCAGACAGUUACCUCCCAAAUGGCGGAUUGUGACCUUUGUAAGAAAGGCUAAUUGGUGAAAACAAAUUAAUUGUAUCUAACUAGUACACAUGCCACUCAGAAAUCAUAUCUGCUGCAGAUUUCAUGAGAUCAUGAUGAUUGCUGCCAGCUCGCAUUGCAUGCAGAAAAAUAUUGUAAUCUAACUUGCUCAUUUAUUCACAACACCCUGGCAGGUCUGAAUUAUAUCCUAGGCACAAAAAUCAUUAUCUGAUCCAAUCUGAAUAUUGCCCCUUCAAAUCUAAUAUGAGAUACAUCUGAGGUCAGUAAUUGUGCAGCAUUCUUUUUGAGAAACUCUCAGAUGGCUUACUGUGCACACCUUUAAUUAGUCACUAGGGCACACCCUUGGUUUAUCUCUGUUUUUUUUUUCCAGUCACAAAUCAACUUUCUACCUAGGCUUUCUGUGCUUGUUUUAUGUACUGGCUGUCUGCGAGAUCUUACUUCUGUGACCCUAUAUCAGGAACAAUUUGACAUAUAAAGGGAAGCAUGUUGCACAACAGGUUUUCCACAAAGGUAGCAUGCAGGUUUUGCAAUCUUCAAAACCUAAUGAAAUUUGAGUUUUCGACAUUUGAUACAUACAGUAUGUUUGUCAACCAUUAUUAAUAUUUAAUCCUAUAUAUGGCCAUGUUAUUCAUCUGAUUGUUGCAUAUCCCCAGCAACUUAGUGCUCUAUAGUCAUAGAACAUCUUGUUUGAUGCACAGGUUUGCCAAUGCCUAUAGCUAGCAAAAUUGUCAUUUUCUCAAAAACAGAAACAGUCAGUGUAUUUGAUAUUCCCCUUCACAGGACUCUAAAUUUUGAGACAUGAGCCAGGCCCUACACAUGCAUCUUGCUGAAAGCAAUCUUGUUUGCAAUCUUUUUAUCUUGCUGUCCUUUAUUUAAUGUAGCUGGCAUUUGUUUUCAAAAUAUGUUUCCUGGUGCUUCAGUAAAUGUAUAGAAAUCAGUAAUUAAUUAAAGUUAAGGAAUUGUGUUUUUACUGGAAUUUACAAGCAUAAGUCAUGCAGUUUUAUACCAAAUGAAAUUCCACCAUUUCAUGGAAGUUGCAUUCUCCAAAUAGUAUUGUGCAAUUAGUUUGGUGGGGUAGGGGAAAAUAUUAUAAAUAAUUAGAUCAAUUUAUUGUUCAUUUUUCUCAUGAAGGUAAAAGACCCUGUAAUUUGCCCAAACAAUCAUGCAUUCUGUACUGUGUGUCUUGAUGUGUGGCUGCAAGGCAAUGGUUGCUGUCCUACGUGUAGAGUUGAUAUUACCAAAGACAAUCCAUAUAGGAAAGUCAUAGGUAGGUAGACUGCCUGCUUCAAAUAAAUCUCAUUAGUUUUGUUAACACUAGAUAGCUGUAAAGUUCCAGUGUAUGUAAGUUCCAUGGUCUUAUUCAUAGGUGUAUGGGGGGGGGGGGGACUAUAGGCCAGUUGGGCAAUAUUCGCUUCACAGUUGGGCAAUAUUGGCUUAUUAUAAAAAUAAAUAGGAGAAGUUUUCGCAAUAUUGGGGGAAAUAUAUGCUAUAUAAUAGUCGAAAAUGGAGGAAAAAUAUUAAUUUAAAAGUUAUAAUAAAUUAUAAUAUAUUCCAAAAAAAUUUUCGGAAAGUUUUUUUGACAAGCCGGGCACAAUGGGAAAAAGUUGGGCAAAUUUCUUUCUGCCCUCCCCUAAUUUUUUCCUUCCCGUACGCCUAUGAUCUUAUUGGUCCACUGCAGGUACUGGAGAGACUUGAUAAUGGAACCUACAAAGGUGUUUGGCAGAGUCAGAGUGGAAGCACUCUUCUAACAAGCGACAAAGGAGAAAUAAAUUAUAAUAGGAGAAAAUCAAAAAACUUAAUUUUAUUGUAAGGACCUUGGUUGCCGACGUGGAAGUGCCGUAAUGUCCCUGUGAAUUAAUUAUUACCUCCGCCAGGAGGUUAUGUAAUCAUCUGGGUUUGUAUGUGUGUGUGUGUGUGUGUAUGUGUGUGUGUGUGUGUAUGUGUGUGUGUGUGUUUGUCUGUGAGCACGAUAACUCAAGAAAUACCAAACUUAUCCGUACGAAAUUUUGUGAGUGCAUUUCCCAUCGGCUAAGGAAGAACUGAUUAAAAUUUGGUUGAAUUUGGUUAAAAAUUGAAUGAGAAAUAAUAAAAGUUUGUCUUGCUUUUCCCGGUCAAUUAAAUAAAACUUAUAUUGAAUGCGUAAUUAGGACGUGCAUAAUAUAUGCACCAGCCAUUCAAAUUCUAAUAACAAUAGAUUACUUCAAUAUUUUGCGCGUAGGCGGAGGUAUGCAGUCUCUGAGUGCCCUCUAGUUUUAUAUCGAAUGAUCUUGGUGGGAAUAUCGAUAAAAUGACUUUAAUUUUUAAAACAAUAUUUACUGCACGUACAGUAUUAUGUUGUAUAUAAAAUUUGAAUUUAUUAUCGCAAAUAACCAUCAAAAUGUUUAAUUUGUAACUAUAGUCGCAUAGAGUAGGACGUGAGGAACUUUUGUUAGUUUGAAUUAUAUGCAUAUUUUAUAGUAUUUGGCUAAGUUCCUUCUCCCGGUGAAGACCGUGAAAAUAAUGAAUCGUGCGCUGGUGAUUGUUGUGAUUACUUUUCAGGCUGUUUCUCUUGAUGCACAAUGUCGCUGAAAUUUUCAGCGACUAUUGUCCAUCAAGAGAAACGAAAAAUAUAUCAGCAAUGUGUUCUCUUUGACUUUGGACAAAUUUGCGGUCCGUUAAUAGCUAUUUUUCUCACAAAUCAAUUUAAAUACUGUAUGUUGCUUUUGGACUCACGUUUCGCGAAAAGGGCUUAAAGUUUUCGAUAUGUCUUAUUUAUGUCUUCGACUUGACCAUUCUUCCUAAAUCAUAACCACUGAUCUCAUAGGGUCAUAACGUAAUUCGAUCUUUACUCUGGAAAACGUACAGUGAAAGACAAUAACCUUACCAUUAAACAGACUGUUUUCCAUGUACGUUUUAGUCAAAACUGUUGGUGCAUAUUUUCAGGAAGUAACGAGAAUAAUGAAACCUUGAGCCUACAAACAAGAAUGCAACUUCGAAAAACAAGACUAGGAUUGCUGGGAGGAGAGUACGAGGUUUGUGAAAUUUCGAAGAAGUUGAGCCCAAGCCAAGGCACGACAAAACAACAGCAACAGCAGCAACAAGAACUACAACAACAACAACAACAACAACAACAACAACAACAACAACAACAACAACAACAACAACAACAACGACGACGACGAAGCUUUUAUCAAUUCACAAUUGAAAGUAUCUUAUUUUCCCUUCAUCUGCAAGGCAUAUCAAUAAUAUUAACUGACAAUCGAUUCUGCAUGAUAUUCAGUUUUAGACUGGCUAACAUUUUUUUAGAAAUUUACUAGUUUCAUAGCUAAUUUGUAAUGUAACUUUAAACUUCUGUAAUAUAGAAUUAUAAAUUGUAAUGUAAUUUUAAACUUCUGUAAAUAUAGAAUAACUAAUUUUAAUCAUUUGUCUUGUAAAAUUUGGCACGCAAUUCAGCCUUAUUGGCUGCUAUGUGUUAAUCUUAUUAAACAAACAAUCUAUCUAAACAAUCUAUAUCUAUCUAUCUAUCUAUCUAUCUAUCUAAAACGUUUCUAACCAUUUACAGACAGAAGUCGAAAACCUCAGUCGUCAAUUGAAUCUCAUGACUCAAGAAAACGAGAAAUUGAAGAAAGAUUUGAAAACCAAAGAACAAGCAAUUGCAGCGACAGGAGGAAGACCUUUGUUGUCAUCUAAUACUUGCAAUAUAGAAGCUCUCUCUAGCUUGACCAAGAAACUUCAGGAGAUCAGUACCACAUAUGACGAUGUUCGACGAGAUAUGACUAAACUUCAACAGGUACAGUUGUCAGCGUCAUUGAACUUUUACAAUGAUUCGUAUUCAGGAAUCAGUAGCAAUGCUUUGAUCCAAUUUUUUGGUAAAUGUUUUUCAAAAAACAGAUUCAAUUUCAACACAGCACCAUAUUGUGACUACUAGACUAAAUUCAUCGUAAACAUAGUAAAAGAUGAGCAUGGCAUGCGUUUCACUUUUCGAUUUAGUCAUUUCUUUAAUUUCUACUGAAUAUUACGUUCUUUCAGGGAAAAGUUGGUUUUGUAAAAAAUGUGAACAAAAUGAAAAGUGUCAAAUUUUUUUGCGAAUAUCAUUCCAUGACCCUGCAUGUGCCCGAAGUUGCAUUUGAAUGUUGGAGGGCAGAUUGUGUCAUGUCAACAUUAUUACAUAUUUUGGCCCACAGGAGAAAGAGCAGUUGCAGCGAGAAAAUGAUGAUUUGAAAAAUGAAGUUUCAAAGUUGAAGGAAGAUUCCAUGUUUACUAAAUCACCAAAGAGGUAGAAAUUGGUAUUAUUUAAUAAAAAAAUAUUCAGUGUAGAUUUAUUAGAUCAUGGGUAUCAUUGAAUAAUUCUCUUGACUGUCUGUAAUUCAUAUUAUUAAUAUUAUAAAUAAUAGAUAGGAUAAAUUGAUAUUAUUAGAUAGGAAUUCAACUUGUGAAGUAUAUAUUGCAUGGUUUAAAUGCAUGGCUUGUACAUGCAGAAACGGAUAUGCGUUACCAACUACAAAAUAGGCAAAAUAGGCAUGUAUAAAACUACUGCAUAUUACAUAGAGAAUAAUACAUGGGUGCGCGGAAAUACCAGAUUUAUUUCGAGUGUUGAACAUGAUAUCUCACGAGUGAGCGCAGCGAACGAGUGAGAUAUCAUGUUCAACACGAGAAAUAAAUCUGGUAUUUCCAAGCACCCAUGUAUUUUUCUGUUUAUUAUAUAAAGAACAGCUUUGAAAAGCGAUAAUUUUUACAGAAAAGCGAUAAUUGAAAAGCGAUCAUUUUCACAUGUGAGAUUAUCAUGAAUAAUCUCACUUUUAUCAGUGCUCGAAAUCUCUAUAAAGCACUAUACUUUAUAUAAUAAAGUAAAAUAUUUCAUGCUAUUUUUACUUAGAUAUGAAAAAUUCACGAUUACUGGAUUGAAAGCGAAGGUGGAACAAUAUGAAAAGGAAAACCAACAAUUAAAGAAAGCUUUGCAGAAUAGUGAUAAAUAUGUGGAACAAUUGCAGAUGGAAUUGAGAAUGCUGAAAAAAGAAAACGCGAAAAGUGAGACCAGAACUACGAUUAGUGCGCAACAUGAUAGCGAGAGUCGUGAUAUCAGAGCGGAGGUUACCCUGGAAGAAGUUCCUACCAGUAUGGUUGCUCGACAGCUAUCUCAUGACCAGUUUGAGGCGACUGUUGCAAGCAUAGCUCCUUUGAAUCGUAGGAAUUCCUCCGAAUUUCAAAGCUGUACAGCACUAGCAGUCAGUACACAACAUGAAACAGACCAACGUCGCUCGCCACAGAACGAUGGUACAACUCCAACAACAUCACAAAGUGGUGAAGAAUGUUCACGGGAUUUGUUUCCAGCCACAAAGAAAUUGUUAGCAUUGAAAAAAAUUCACGAAACCAGAAGUUCGCCUUCUCCUCAAAGCCAAAAUGUCCACCAUGUUUCACCUGUUCCUUCCAUUGAUUUACCUUGGUCUUCUGGUGGUCCGUAUAUGAAUUACGAUUCUCCGAGUGAUGCUUCUGAAGAAACCUCCGUUGCUUCAAAUAAAACCCCGCCUCAACACGUGUCUGAAACGUUUUCUUGUUCGUUUACACAAGACAGGAGUUCAGAAAGUGCUUCCAAUAAUGUUAUUCUUACAGCAGCCGGACCCUGGGCACUUCCUUCAUCUUCGUCUACAUCUGAACAAAUGAACUUUGAUCAAUCCUGUAAAUCACCAAAAAGAAACACACCUACUGAACCUUUUUUGCUCAACAAGAAAAUUAAAAUAGAAAAAGAUUGAAAGGAAUUAAGUCCAGAUUUAUAAGUUGGGAUUUUUUCUCAUUGAUUGUCAUUAGUUGAUGAUAUUGUCAAAUAAUGUUUGACGUUUAGAAUACCCUUACUAGGUAUAUAAUCAUUAUGGCUAAUGCGAAUCUAAAAUCGGCCCGAUAUAUCGCAGUAUAUUAUAGUCUGUAUACUUCUAGUAUCUCUUGUAAAAUACGUAUUGCGAGGUUAUUGAAUUCAUAUAAACGACUUUGUUAGUAGUCUUUGUAUAAAGAGGACAAAAUUAGCGGAUUAUUUAUUAUACUUAAUAAAUGAG